CCCCGCGGCGUUAGCGGCAUCAGUGGCUGUGCAUUAGCGGGGGGGUGGAUAUGUGGCUCUUGGGGGCUCGGUGUAUUUUGCUGUGAAGGACCGCGGUCGCGCAGACACACGGUAGUUAACGUGACUCAACGUGUCACCGACAGUCGGGAACGACAACCGUGUGUCUGGUGUGCGCGCUGCUCGUUGUCUGCGUGUUUUUUGUGUGUAUUUUUUUUUACGAACAGAAACCACUCCUUAAUGUGAGCCAUCGAAGGAACAGCCGCAGCUGCUGUUUAACUUGUCGCCUGUUGUCGACCUCCCAAGUACCGAGGCGGCGGCGGUCGGGUACGAUCGCGAACCUCCGUGACGGAUCGGUUGUUAAGAAAGGAGUAUCAGGACAGGAGCUGUAGUUCAUGGAAGACAAGAAAAGGAAAAAAGACGACAAAAGGAAAAGGGAAGCCUCUCAGAAGGUCACGGAACAAAAAAACAAAGUGCCGGAUUUGACCAAGCCGGUGUCUGCCCAGUCUCCGGCCACUCAGAGCAGCUCUGCCUCCCCCAGCCCUGGACCCACCCCCUCUGCCUCCCCAUCCCCAGCCACCUUGGGCCCUGGCAGUGCUGCCUCCCCCUCACAGGGUGGCAACAAUGCCAAGCGCCUGGCGGUGGCCAACGGACAGCCCACCACGACCAUUUCUUCCUCCGCCGCUGGCGGCCCCGGCGCUGCUGGAAGCGGCGGUUCAAGUAGCGGAGGCGGAGCCCAGGCGCCUCAGCAGCAGCCGCGCUACAUGCCAAGAGAAGUGCCGCCGCGAUUCCGCUGCCAGCAGGACCACAAAGUGCUACUGAAGAGGGGUCAGCCGCCACUGUCCUCCAUGCUGCUGGGAGGGGGAGGAGCAGGGGAUGGCCCCAAUGCAAACAUGGCUGCCGUCUCAGAUUCUGGUGCAGCUGCGUCCUCCUCAUUGGCCCUCACCUCAUCAUCAGUUGCUGCUUCUACUACUACUUCUAAUUAUGCAAAUUCCAUGUGGGGGGCGAGCUCAGGCAGCCAGGUCUCCUCUCAGGGCAGGGAGAAGGUGAUCGUUGACGGCAACGACCUGGAGGAGUGGCCUAGCAUCGCUGGCAGUGAAGGGUCGUCCAACGGCGUGGCGUGGGGGACGGCUGCCUCCCAGGGUCACCUUGGAGGAGGGAGUGCCGUAGCUGCAGCUGGACCUCUGCUACAGCAGCCCUCUUCCCUUUCCAAAGCCUCCGCUGUGCCAGGGAGCCACGAUGCCGGUGGCCCCGUCGACGGCAGCAGCGGGAUUCCAGGUGCCAACUUCAAUCCAAAUGCCAACCCUUCGGCCUGGCCUGCCCUGGUGCAGCAGGAUGGGUCCGCUGCUGCAGGGGAAGGAGACCCGUCUCCCUUCCACCACCAGGGCCCUGGGGGGUCUUUGUCUGCCAACAACUCUGCUUCCCCGGGCCAGGCGCUGGGGGGCGUGGCACCCGGGGUGCCGGGGGGUCACCCACCUUUAUCUGUGAAUCAAUCAAGCACCCAUCAGCGGCAGCUUCACCAAAUGCAAUCCAGAGACCGAGAGAUGGGAGGGGGGAAGUGGGACAGUGAAUCAGCGGGACCAAAAAUUGUAGGUUGGGAAGGUAGCGGGGGGGGAAUGGACCGAGGGGCGGGGGGAAGCGAGAUGGGUGUGGGAGAGCACGGCCUUGCCUCCUCGUGGAGAGGCCAGUCCUCUUUCUCUGCAGCUAACUCCAAAAUGGGUGCCUCAACGACUGAUGGAUGGGAGGGUGGAGGCGGCGGUGGCACAGGGGGAUUUGGAGCCGCUGAAGGAGACAAUGGGACCUCGGGUUGGGGGUACCAGAGUUCCACCAGCGGGGGUAAUGCGUGGGGCAGUGCUGGAACUGAAGGAGAUGGUAGUCAAACCUCCGGGGUAUCUCAGGGAGGUUGGGGGUCAUCAGGAGUAGUUGGAGAAAGAGCAGUAUCUGGCGGUGAUUGGGGUGGGAGCUCCGCUGUUAUUGGUGGAGUAAAUUCAGGAGGUGAAGGAAUUGGUGGCGCCUGCAGCAGUAACAGCAGCAGCAGCAGUGGCGGCAGCACAGCUGGCAACCCCCCCGCCACAGCUUCCUCAACAGCCACCACUUUGACCAGAGCUUGGGACAAUCAGAAGGGGGAGAGUGAAACAGGGGAAUGGGGUGGGGGAGUAGAUGUACAGGGAGCACAGGGAGGAUCGUCCUCCAGUGGUGGAAAUUCCAGAAAUGGGGGCGGGCCUAACAGUAGACACAGUCGCCCCCCCCACCCUGCACCCAAUGCUGAAGCUGCCUUAGAAAACCUGCUCAGCCGGUCUGAUCUGGACCCUCGGGUCCUGUCCAACACAGGCUGGGGCCAGACGCAGAUCCGACAAAACACAUCCUGGGACUUUGAAGAACAUGGAGGACAGAGUAAAGGUAGAUCAUCAUCAGCUACAUCGAAACACACAUCUUCUCUCGGUGGUUCUUCUCAGUAUGCUGGUGGACACCGGACUCCAAUCACUGAUUCCAUGGGUCCAGGGGUCAAUCACUCCCUCGCUCCAUCUGCCGGUUCCUCCGGAGAGGGCUGGGAGAGCAACAGUAGCAGUAGUGGGGCCUCGCUUCCCGGGAGAGCACCACCAGCUUCAGGCCCCAGCAUGAGGAAUCUUGGCGUCUCACAAUCUGGGCCAGUGUCCGCGUCAAGACCUGGAGUAGGGUCAGGGGUACUGCCAGGACAUAGCCAGCAGGGUAAGGCUACAGGCUGGGGUGGAGGAGGAACGGUGGGUGGAGAUGCCCAGCAGGCCAAGGGCUGGGGUAAUGAGGAUUGGAGGGACAGCAGUAGUAUCAGCAGUAGUGGUAGUAGUAGUAAAGGAGGAAAUGGCGGAUGGGGUGAUCCUGGACAACAGGGUGAGCCAGUGAGUGGCGGCUGGGGUGGAAAUAAGGAGGAGAAAGGGCUAGGGGGGUGGAAAGAAAUGGGAGGGAGUGCAGGAGGGAGCGGGUGGGGUUCAGGCCAGAAGGCUGGGGCGGGCAGGGACUGGGGAGAGCAGCAGUCCAAAUCAAAUAGCGGAGAAGGGGGAUGGGAGGAUGACAGGAAGAAUGGAGGAGGAAACUCAGGUGGGGAUUCAGGUGUGGGUAGUUGGGGGAGCUGGGAUGACGGUGCUCCUCGCAGAACCUGGGGAGCAGGUGGCACAGGGGGAGGAGGAGGAGGAGGAGGGAGUGGAAGCGGUGGGGUGGGUGUCGCCGGGGGCACGGCGUCCAAACCCCAUCAAAGUUGGAGCGGAGGAAACAAAAUGCACCAGAUGCCAAACAGCCAGCCGGGCUCCACCACAGGCCCGCAGGCACAACUGCAACCGCAACAAUCACAGCCCCGCAAUCAGCAUCCGCAGCGGCUGCCAGCGUUGGACCAAGGGGCCGCGCAGGGGGCCGUGGGGAGGAAACACGUCCCUCAAGCCCAGAAUCAGAACCAAAGCUCAGGCUGGAGCUCGGGACCCAUUCCUGGUGGCUCCGCGGGAGGUGGAAGUGGAUCUGAGACUAGCGGCUGGGAGGAACCCUCCCCACAGUCCAUCAGCAGGAAGAAUGAGAUCGAUGACGGGACAUCAGCAUGGGGAGACCCAAACCGUUACAACUACAAGCCAGUCAACCUGUGGGAUAAGAACAGCGCCCCUACUGGGCAGCAGCCGCAUGAGCAGCAGCCAAACGCUCAGGCUCAGGCCCAGGCUCAGGCCCAGGCUCAGGCCCAAGCUCAGGCUCAGGCCCAAGCUCAGGCUCAGGCGCAGCAGCAGCAGCAACAGCAACAGCAGCAACAGCAACAGCAGCAACAGCAGCAGCAACAACAACAGCAGCAACAACAACAACAACAACAGCAGCAGCAGCAACAGGCUGCUCUAAUGCAGCAGCAGCAGUCUAGCAGGCAACCUGCAGCGCUUGGAGGUAACAGAGACUUCAACACUGGCCAUGGACUGGGAAAAACAUCAGCUAUUGGUCCGUCGGGUUGGGGUGGUGCUUCUCCAACCAGUCCCACGGUAGACAACGGCACAGCAGCUUGGGGAAAAACGUCUGACGCACCUACUGGCUGGGGAGACCCUGAAGAUGCUGGAGGGAAGAACACGGGUUGGGGCAACCCUCCCCCCCACCCCAUCAAAUCAGCUUCAAAGUCUAUGCAAGAAGGCUGGGGGGAUAAAGAGGCCUGUGUGGCUGCCUCGCAUCACUCCAGCUGGGAGGAGGAGGAGGAGGGAGGAGGCAUGUGGAACAGCCCUGGCUCCCAGGGGAGUGGCUCCUCCUGGGGAAAGGGAAGCAAUGGGGGCUGGGGACAGAGCCAGAAGAAGCCCAACAAGGGUCCAAUGAAGGUUGGUGGAGGAGACUCGUGGAUGAGCCCAAUCAACAAACAGUUUUCCAACAUGGGGCUGCUGAAUGAUGAUCCCAGUGGCCCAAACAUGGACCUGGCUCCGGGUUCUCACCAGGAGAAGAAGAUGGAUGUGGAGAAGCGAGGCAUGGGGAUGGGGAUGGGGAUGGGGAUGAACGAUUACAAUGGAGACAUGAGGAAGGGAGGAAGAGGAGGAGGGAUGGCCUAUCGUCCACCUGGUUCCAAAGAGGCAGCACCUGAAGCUGCGUCCUACUAUGACAAGACCUUGCCUUUGACCAAUCAGGAUUGGUGCCUUGGGGAGGAGGGUUCUUCCUCUCUGUACUCACCACCUACUCUCUACAAGUCCCAUUCCCUCUUCAACCACACUAUUCCCUUUAGACAAGGCGGCCACAGUAUCUUUGGCAGUAGUGGAGCGAUGGCGCAGUCAAGACACCAGCCCAGUGUCCCACCCCUUAACCAGUCCCCAGGGAUACGAGCGCAAGUGCCUCAUCAGUUCCUGUCACCUCAGGUGCCAGGCUCCGUGCUGAAGCAGAUGCCCCCCCCCAGCGGGAGCGUGGGCGGAGUGGCAGGAGUCGGGGGAGGCGUGUUCCCUCCACAGCUGUCCCCCCAGCACAUUGCCAUGCUCAGCAGCAUCUACCCACCUCACAUCCAGUUUCAGUUGGCCUGUCAGCUGCUCCUGCAACAGCAGCCGCAGCAACCGCCGCAGCAAACGCCUCAGCAACAGCAUCCAUUGCAGAACCAGAGGAAGUUCUCACCGAAUGUGCGACAGCAGGCCGACCCUCAACAGCUGGCCAGGAUCAUGGCAGUGCUCCAGCAGCAGAGGCAGCAGCAGCAGGUCGGGGGUUUAGGUGGCAGCUCCAAGCUUUCCCCCUCCCACCACGGCGGCGUUGGCCCCAAACUGCUGGGGCCCGAUUCCCUGCCUCAUCAAGGCCUGGCGGGAUCGGUGGCCGAUCUGCACCAGAAGAAUCUCGGGCCAUAUGCCGGAUAUGGAUCUGGGGUAAACCUCCCGGGUCUGGACCUGGGCGGCUCUGUCGGGGGGCCUGGCGGCAUGAAGGAGUUAGGAAUCCAGCAGUCCCGCUUCAAGUGGAUGAUGGAAGGACAUUCUUCUCCGGACACCUCCGCACCUGAGAACACAUUCCACAAAAACGGUCCAGUCACCCCCAUGAAGAUGCCGGGGGGCUCGCCCUACUCCCAGUAUGACAUGAUGGUCGGGGACGGGCUGGGAGACAACUGGCAUCGCACCCCUGGCAACAAGAUGGCUGCCAAGCCCACCCCCACGCCCAGCUGGCCCCCCGAGUUCCAGCCUGGCGUGCCCUGGAAGGGAAUUGACCGCGUCGACCCCGAUUCCGACCCUUACAUGACCCCAGGGAGCAUGAUGGGAAACUCCGUGUCACCCAACCUCAAUGACACCGAGCACCAGUUGUUACAAGACAAUACAGAUUCCACCCCUCCCCUCAACACCUUGCUGCCUUCACCUGGUGCCUGGCCCUACAGUGCCUCAGACAGUCCCCUCAACAAUGCACACAACUCAGCAAAGUACACAGACUACAAGACCAGCUGGCCCCCGGAGCCCAUUGGACACAAAUCCUGGAAAGCUACCCGUGGCAGCAGCCAAAGCCAGAUGUCCCGCCUACCUCCAGGGCUGGCCAGUCAAAAGCAGCCGUCGCCUUCCCCGUGGUCAGGAGGAUCCCCUCGAUUGGCCGGCCGGGGCUGGGGCGGUGGCUCCAACGCCGCUGCCUCCACCUGGAGUGAUGGCAGCUCCCGGGAAAGCUGCUGGUUGGUGCUCAGCAACCUCACACCACAGAUUGAUGGUUCCACUUUGAGGACCAUCUGCAUGCAGCAUGGCCCUCUGCUGACCUUUCACCUUGGCCUGACCCAGGGCACCGCUCUGAUUCGCUACAGCUCCAAACAGGAGGCAGCCAAGGCCCAGAGUGCCCUCCACAUGUGCGUUUUGGGUAACACCACCAUCUUGGCGGAGUUUGUGAGCGAGGAGGAUGUGGCUCGCUACAUUGCACAUUCCCAGGCAGGGGGGGCAGGAAGCGGAGGAAACGCGGCCGGCUCCGGGCCCCCGGCCUCCUCCGUCGCCGUGGGGUCCAACGGCGAGAGAGGCGGAGCAGCGGCGGGGGGAGGAAGCGGCGGAGGAGCGGAAGGAGGCUCCGCGGCCGGAGGAGCAGGAAACGGAGGAGUCGGCCCCCCCGGCUCCGGGUGGCAGAGUCUGGACGGCACAGGCAGCUCAUCGGACCCGUCCGCCCCCCAGGCCUCCGGGCUGGGCAUCUUCGCCCAAUGGAGCAGCAACGGGACCGGGGUGGGCGGGGCCGGCGGCGUGGAGGCCGGCAGGCAGGGUCUGUGGGGGGGGAUGGGCGGAAUGGGCGGGGGCGGGUACACCAGCAGCAGCCUGUGGGGUUCCCCGGCACUCGAGGAUCGCCACCAGAUGGGCAGCCCGGCCGCACUGCUGCCCGGCGACCUGCUGGGCGGGGGGGGCGACUCCAUCUGAGGCGCCAACUGUCCCUCACACACACACACACACACACACACACACACACACACACACACACACACACACACAUGUUGUAAUACGUGCGUCAUACUCUACCUGUCUACACGGACAGGUGACAUGAAUUAAAGCUCCGUUGGUGCCCUGACAUUCAGACCCUCAUUCAUACCACACGCCGGCCACGUGCACAACGCACACAACACUUACACAUUAAACCGCUUGACUUUAAAUGAAGACGAACAGUAAAACUUGAACCGCAGGGGUGAAACGGUGAAGUCCAUUAAACUCUUUAGGACUCACCUGGGAAGCUCUUUGUCCUUUUUAUUCCAAAUCCCGCCAUCUGCAUUCAGAGACCCGAUCGCUCAGGCAUGCACUGUAGACCGGCUCGGCCAGAGCCGUACGCGUCAACAAGUUUAGCUAUUGCUGUUUUUAGCGUGCCACAGUUUAUUUUUUUCUUUUUGUAUUUCUAUUUAACGGUCGAAUCUCACAAAUUCCGACCUGCAGACUGAGCCCUCGUACACCUGGCUGGCGUUCUUCUAAGUUCUCGCGUUGGAGGCUUCGGGAGCGGGUGAAGGAUCUCAGCCUCGGUGGAAAUACGCCGUCAACAUGGGACCCAGGGUGUAAAAAAACAACAACAAGAAGAGAAAUCCAAACAGAAACAACAUUAGCCAAACUUGCACUAUAUGCCUCUGGGUUUGUGGCCGACGAAUCCUCCAGAAAUCCCUCCACUCUUUGGGGCACAGGACGACCUAAUGUUACAGCAGCAGUGGCCUUUGGCUCCCGACCAGCGGCCAUGUCAGCAGCCUUCACACCUUCUCAUCAGUUCCACACUGCUCUUACAUCUGACAAGCAAAAUUGUAUCUCCUCGUUGAUGUGUGUUGGUUGUUUAUCAUUUGUUUCUGUUUUAGAAGAUAAAGAGAAAUGUGUGAAACUUUGUGGAACUUCAGAGAUUUCUUUCCCCUUCAAACACUGACCUCGCUAUUGUAUUUUUUCUUACUCGAGAAAUCAAGUUGGUUCCUAUAUAUUGUCAUGACGUUAAUGAUGCCUAUGAUCACUUAUUUACUCGCUGUACAAGGUGCCCUCCUGCCUGUGUGUGCAUGAAAGGAGAGACGACAGUAAGACCAACUGGAGGAGGAUGAUGAUGAAGAUAAUAAUGACAAUGAUAUCGGGAGUGUGUGUUAUUGCUACCAUGUUGGAUUGGUUUUUGUUUUUGUUUUUCUCGUCCAUGAGGUGUGUGUGUGUGUGUGUGAGUAUGUGUGUGAGUGUGUGUGUGCUUUUGAACACUUAUCUGCUCCAGUCAGGGAAGUGAAAGUUAAUCUGACAGCUCAUGUUUGAGAGAAGUUGUGCGUUUGUGAGUGUGUCGACAUGGUUGCGUGCUUGACUGUCUGGAUAUUGUAAUAGCUACAAAGUUUCAAACAAACCAUUGGCACUAUUGCAUAUUUCUCAAGUUGUUUGUUUGUUUUUUAGCAGCAUUUUGUUCAUGUUUUUUUUUGUUUUUGUUUUUCUGCCAAAUGCAAUAACAGAAUAUUUUUUUGUUUUUAAGACGAAGCAACCAACUGAAGGCAUUUCUGCUAAGAUGCCAAAUCGUACCAUACCAAGCUGAGCUGGAACAGUGUUUUACCGACACGUUAAAGAUAUUACCUGUUAUGUUUUACUGUUUUUUUUCUCCUUUUUUUGUUAUGUAUCAAUUUAAAUUAAGUCAGUCUUUAUUAUCACUCCUGUUCAGGAUGUUUUCAUUUCUUUCAGAUGUUACAAAAAGAAGACGAAAUUAAUUUAAAGCAGAAAAGAACAAGAUAAUAAAGGUUGAAUUGAA